GGGGAGGGAGCCCGCGCGCGUCCGUGCGCGCGCGCGCCGGAGCACGACGCCGUGGCGAGCACCAACCACCUUGGCCCCUCGGCAACCGUUGUUACCGCGCGAGCCGCGGGCAUCCGAGCACGAGUACGUGGCGUGGCGGGGCUCGGUCCGGGACAGACAGAAAAAGGAGGCAGUGGGUAGGCUGGCCCGUCGGCAUAUAUACCACCUCGGCACUCGAGCGGUUGCUCUCGCCUCUACCCCGCCCCGCCCCCACUCGCUCCGCCUCGCCACCGGCGCUCUCGCAGAGCAGAGUCGCCGGCGCAGCCACUCCCAAGUCUUCCUCACGCGUGGGCGGGGAUCGCCCCAGCAGCUAGCUAGCGCUCGGCGGGGGCGGGAUGGGGAACUGCCAGGCGGCGGAGGCGGCGGCGGUGCUGCUCCAGCACCCGGGCGGGCGGGUGGAGCGGCUCUGCUGGUCCACCAGCGCGGCCGAGGUGAUGCGCGCCAACCCGGGCCACUACGUCGCGCUCGUCACGCUCCGCGUCGCCGAGGAGCGGCAGGACGCCCCCGGCGGCGAGCGCCGCACCGUGCGCCUCACACGCGUCAAGCUGCUCAAGCCCAAGGAGACACUGCUUCUCGGCCACGUCUACCGCCUCAUCACCACCCAGGAGGUGACAAAGGCGGUGCAGGCGAGGAAGGAGGAGAAGCAGAGGAAAGCGCAGCAGCAGCUGCUGGAGUCGAGGCAGAGCAAGGCGAGGGGCGCCGCCGAGGACGACGACGAGGACGAGGCGGCGCUGGACGCCAGCCUUGAUCAGUUGGCGCGUCAGGACAAUGGCAACCGGAGCUCCAGCGCGCGGCACCGCCAAUGGCGGCCGUCGCUGCAAAGCAUCGACGAGGCCACCAGCUGAUAUGUCAACUCACACACACCCCAUACCACACAAAUCGUAGGGCCGUAAUCAUUGACCGGUCACCGGUGGGCCUGUAUUUUCGGUGAUCACCUGGCCUCAGUCAGCUAACCGUGUUCGUCACCAGCUCCAGCCUCGAGCCCUACAAUAUUUCUCUCACACAUUGCUCCAACACUAGCCUCCAGCCACCAGUCAGAUAACCGUAUUUUUCUCUCACACCACUCCAGCUCCAGCCUCCAGCUCCAGCCUGCCGAACACGGUGAAGGACUGCUACAUUUGCUUGUGUACUGUGACUCUAUGAGCUCGACACCCCCGGGAUGGGAGAUUGGGAGGACUGCCUGCUUGGAGUGAUAUGCAGCAGCCUCGAAUCAGUGUAAAUUUUCAGGUCUUGGUCAGGCGUUUGUUAGUGAGACUCCUUGCUUUCUCCAUACGGUUUGCACAUGGAAUCGGAACAAGUUAAAGUAGCUUAGAUCUAGAGCCAGAGGUGUCCUGUACUUGCUAUACUCUCUCGCUCUUCAGAUGGGAAUCAAAGCGCAUAGCUUUUGAGGAUAUCUCAGCGUUUCUUUAGUAGUGUUUAGAAUGUAAGUUGCUGUUGAUGCCAAAUAGGCAAUCAUAAACUCAGUGCCAAUGAUGCCGGCAGCAGUUGGUGGAAUCAUCGGAGCCUUUUGGGUUGGAAGCUACUCAUCAUGCGUGUUCGCGUCGGCGGAUGCUUAGAGUAGAGGUUCAUGCAUCUUUGUUUAAGCCGUUGCUGAUGUUGUGCUAGAACAGGACAAACGGCAAGGAUUUCGAAACA